AUGAGCCCGAAACUCCAGGUUCGUCGAGGACUCAACCCUACCGCCAUCCCAAAUCCGACGCAAACUCAACCAAACCCAUCCCCGCUGCAAAUAGAGAAGGAUGAUGAGGGCAUGGCUUGUGGUGGGUUUGGUGGUAACGCUGUGUGGCUAUACUAUUUAUUUAUGUUUUUAAAAGACCCGUCUAGCGAUUAG